AUGGUUGAAAAAUUUUUAUAAAGUCAAUAAUUUUAUUAAAAAAUGUUUGAAGUUUAAGUGAUCAAAAAAAGUAAAGAAUAAAAAAAAUAAUAAUUCUAAUUAAUAGAGAUUAAUUAAGAUACUCUAAACACAUUUCAAUAAUAAUAAACAAAUAAAAUUUAGAAAAAGAAAAUAAGCAAAAAAUAAUAUGAAAUCACAACUUCUAAUGAAUAAUAAUUUGCUUAAUUAGAAACAUUAGAAUUUUAAAAAGAAAUAAUAAAGUCAGGGAAUCAAUAAAACAUCAAUGUUAGAAAUAUCAGGUCUUUAUCAACAAAUGGGGUAAAGCCAGAAUAAAAUAAUGCUUAAUCAAUUAAUAUAAAACAAAAAACAAAAAAAAUUGAAUUUAGACUCAUUCAUUAAAUAACAAAAAAUAAUCAAUUAUUUGAAGCUUUCAUAUAACAUGGUUUUGAUGUUAUUGAUGUUUUAAAUAAUAAUGAAUAUGAAAAAUUACUAAUAUUUACUAAUAUCCUAUUUUAUUAUAAUAAAAAUCAAUAAUCUUUUGAAAAAGAAUUUUCAUCCAAAGAAUAAUAUUAAAAUAAGAUGAGAGGAAAAUUAUAUCAUACAACUUAUGACGAUAAUCAAAAUCCUAAAUUUAUCAUUUAAGAGGGAGAAUUCCUAAUUGACAUUUAUAAAAAAUCAUUUUUGCUAGAUGGCUAAGGAAUAGAAUAUUAAGGAAAAUCUAGUUAGCUUAAAAAUUAAGGAGAAUUUAAAAGAGGAGUAUACGUUUAGAGGAUACCAUAAUAUUAAAAUAAACCUCAAUAUAAAUCAUACAGUGUUGAACCAAGAAGAAUUAAAAUUUUAGAGAUUGUUGAUGGAUAAACAAUAAUUAUAAAUAAUAAGAAUCAAAAUGAAAAGAAAAAUAUUUGGUGUAAAUAUAAUCAAUAAUUUUCAGAAAGAGAUUUAAUGAUAUUAGAUUAAUAAAUGUGGGUAAAUAGUAGUAUGAUUGAUUGCUAUGCGUCAUAUCUUAAUUAAAUCAGUUAAGAAGUAUAUUUUCAGUAAAACUAAGUAUAAAGGUAAUAAAUUAACAGAAUAUAUUUUGCUCCUAGUAGCUUAAUUACAAACUUUGGCCAUAAUUACAAUAUCUAACAAGCUACUGAGAUAUUUCAAUAACACUUUCUUGAAUUACAGGAAAUAAGAUUUUCCAUUUAAACUAUUUAUUCUAAAAUUGGUUUUCCUAUUAAUUAAAGAAAGCAUUGGUAUUUUUUAUUGUUUGAUUUAAAACAAAAAAAUGUGGAGAUCUUUAAUUCUUUAUCAUCAACUUUAAAAUCUCAUCAACCCUUAAUAAAAUUUCUUUCAGAUUUAUUAAUGCUAGAAAAUCCAUAAAUUAGCAUAAGUAACAACUCUGGUUAAUAAAAUGAUGGUUAUUCAUGCGGCUAUCAUGUUUGUUAAUUUAUGAAAACUUGCCAAGAAGCUUAAUUUUCAAACAAUAUAAAUUAUUAGUACAACGAGAACUAAAUCAAAAAUAUUUUGAGGGAUUUGAUCAAAGAUGGAAAUAAAUGA